AUGUGGGAGGCUGUGCUGUGGACAUCUACCUGGGGUAGUCCACAUACGCCGAGGCCCUCGCAGACUAUCUGCUAUUUAGACGUGAAAGACGAUGGGUGGGCGACGUACAUUGAUGCACUAGUCGUGGCAUAUACCAGCGCGCAGGUAUGGGGUACGAUUUUGGUAGGUCUGGAGAGUGGACUGCCAACGCUCGAUACAGCUGGGCUGAAACGACUACGUAGAGGUCAUCCGCAGAGUUCUCCGUGGUCAGGCUGUGCGGGGGGUAGAAGCACCUCCGGGAUUGUCUGCCGGCAUGAGCAUCUUGCCCAGAUCUUGGAAGGGGAACAUACUUGGUACAUCGAGCGCAGCUGGGAGACUGGCGAUCACACUUUCUUUUUUGCUGUCGACACGGAUCGCACGCAACGAGCAUCGCCAUGUCGCAAGGGUGGCAGCGGCUUAGGCACCGAUACCGCAAUGAGCCCCACGAGAGAGAGAAGAGGAAGGAUUCAAGCCGCAACGAUCGACGAGCUGGAGCUGACAUGGGCUGCAGGGGUUAAUCCUAUUGCAGCUGGUGCGAACCUUCAGCUCAGCCACACUGGCAAUACGAGCCCAACCGCCGUGUCUCUUUCGGUGGUUAUAUUCACAAGGCCAAUACCGUCGGUUGCUUUCUACGUCGGUUUAAGGUAA